UCCCUGCAGACCCCCGGAGGUGGACCAGGCCCCAUGUCCUCCAGUGGCUGCAGUGGGCCUCAGGUGAGUUCAGCCUGGCUCACCUCAACUUCUCCCGGUUCGAGAUGAACGGUCACCAGUUGUGCGCUUUGGGAAAAGAGAACUUUCUGCAGCUGGCGCCUGACUUUGUUGGAGACAUCCUGUGGGAGCAUCUAGAUCAAAUGAUGAGAGAGUCCCAGGAGAAAGUGAUGGCCGCCGAUAACCUGAGCAGUGUUGUCCCCUCUUUAGUGGACUGGAUGUGCACUUCUGAUCUUGGUAGGGAUGACAAUGGUGGUGUCAUGCAGGUUCCAAAAAGCAGCAGCAGCAGCCUCCUCAGACAGCUGUUUGAGAGCCCUGAUAAGACCUCUCCUCUGAUCCAGGACCAGAAAGACUCCACCGAGAAACCGUGGGACAAUGACCAACUGAGCUACACUACAGGAAGCCCCAUCUUUUCCAAUAACUGCCCCCAAGCCAAACCCCUCUCACUGGAGAGCUCCCUGGACAGUGUGGAGAGCUUCAACGGGCUGCACUCCUGGGGCAGCCAGUCGUCUCUGGCCGACACCCAGAGGGUGCCAUCCAUCGACAGCUUUGACGAGGACUGCAGUGCGACCCAGUUUUGUGUGGGCAAACAGAACCUGUCCUUUAAGGACUACAUCCAGGAGCAGAACGUGCCCGUCGGACUGGGGAAGCCAGUUGUACCAGCUGCUGUCCUCGCUCGGUUUACUGGUAGUGGCCCUAUACAACUUUGGCAGUUUCUCCUGGAACUUCUGACCGACAUCAGUUGUCAGACCAUUAUAAUCUGGACUGGGGACGGGUGGGAAUUCAAACUCACCGAUCCUGAUGAGGUGGCGCAACGUUGGGGUCAGCGCAAGAACAAGCCCAAGAUGAACUACGAGAAGCUGAGCCGUGGCCUGCGUUACUACUAUGACAAGAACAUCAUCCACAAGACGCCGGGGAAGCGCUACGUCUACCGGUUUGCCUGCGACUUGGAGAAGCUGCUGGGCUACUCGGCCGAGGAGCUCCACGUGGUGCUGGGGAUCCCACACGGCGCCAAGGACUGAGCCGCUGGGGUACAAGCCCAGCGGUCAGCUGGGGCACAUUAGGCUGGUCAGGCUUCCUUUUUAUGGUGGGAGCCCGAGACAAACCUGCAAAGGACACCCCCACCACCUUGAUGGUGUUUUUAAUCAGGGGCUGGUGGCGGACGAGGCUGCUAAAGGCUAACGAAGUCGACUGCACUGACAAAAGAUAGAGUAGUCACUAUGAGGCUGCUUUAUUGUGUUUCUCAUGUACUAUGGGACCUGUCUUUGUGGUCAGGGGAACACUCUUCUGGGAACACAGUGAGUGAGAGAUUGCCGGUGCUGGCUGUUCUCACGUUCCGCCCUCGGCGAAUAGGGAUGUCGGCUUUUAUUGAAACAAUUUCUGGUCUUAUUUAUUUAAACAAUGUAGGCCUGUUGAGGCCACUGUCUUUUUGAGACUGGAUUCUUCCCGGGAUUACACUGGAAUGUAACAAUGCACAAAAUGGAGCAAAUUCUUAUCUUUGUGUACCACUGCGUUUCUUUAUUUAAAAAUGCUUAACUCCUUACAGCAUUUUUGAGUGUUUAUGGUAUUUUUCGAUGAAAUAAUGAAAUCAUAUGGUUGGAUAAAAAUAUGUAAUUAUUUAUAUAUUUUAUUUUUUUGAUGAACUAAACUAUAUGCUUGCUUUAAGUCUUGGGACCAAGAAUUGUAUUUUGCAUCAAAGUUAAACAUUUAAUGGUGUUAUAUUAUAAUUGUGUUAAUGUUUGUGUGCUACUUUUACAUGGUUCUUAUACAUUAAGGAAGUUGUAUUUUUGGAAGGCGAGUGUUCUCAUUUGGUAGCUGGUAUUGGAUCCAGGUAUGGGUUAACGCAUACUUCUGCACAGUGAGCAGUGGUUGUUGCAGUUUAAAAGAAACAAAGCUAUAUAAUUCAGAUUUGUCCAUUUUCUCAGUGAUUUUCUUCACUGGUUACUGUUUUAUGCCCACUUAAUAAAAUAUUUGUACUGUUUCUAUUGUCUCUGCUGUUUCAAUUGUGUAAAAUGUAAAGCAGAUGUUGUGUGUGUGGGUGUGUGUGUGUGUGUGAGAGAGCGAGAGAUAGUUUAUGGUCGACACCAUGAGAAAAAUGUCUUGCAUAAUCUCUUUGAUUGAUUUGACACUAUUACUCAGUGUUUAAGUACACAUCUACCUUGCACAACAGUAGAAGGAGUGGUGUGGGUAAUUAGACCUCAUUCAUUGGUACUUUUUUUUAUAGUCUACAGUGCCUUUUCCCACCUCCAGUGAUUGUUAAAAGUAAGUGACGGGUAGCUGACUGGAAAUGGAGCGGGUUAAUGUCACUUGGCAGCGAUGUUGCCAUGCCCAGUGAUUCAUUGCGAAAGAGGUAAGGUUUCCUUGUGUGACUAGUACAGACUAGACUUAAGAAUGCGUUGAAGAAAAUCUUGAUUGCUAUCCACUUUCGGUAUUAAAAUAACACAAUCACAUAUUGGAUUUUGAGUAUACGAUCACACACACGGGUUGGAUGUUACAAACUUAAGUAUUCAAUAAAGAAACACGCAUUGUAUAUAUAUAUUUCACCU